CAAGAGAGCCCAGCCCAGCGCAAAUCGCUACGCCGCGCGCCGCCCCCGGCCGACGCCGGGCUGCCCUCAAGGCCGCAUCGGUCCACCCGCCACGGGGUGCUGCGUUUCCGCUGCGUUUCCGCCGCCGCCAGCCCCUGUAAAGCCCCCGGCAGCGCCCUUUCGGCCAGGCCCGGAGCGCUGCCCCGUGUCGGCACGCCGACGACGCACCGGCGACGACGCACCGCCAGAGCCUCCACUGCGACACGCGCACGCAAUGGGCCGCUUCCCCUGCCCCGCCGGCUGCGGCCGCACCUUCGACCACCCGCCAGCGGCCAUCCAGCACGGCAAGAGCUGCGGCCGGCCCGCGCGCGCGCCGCCGGCGCGGGUCGUGAUUCUCGACCGCGGGCCGCUGCCGACGACGCACGUCACGCGGCGCAUCUUUGAAUUGAUGCGGCGCGUGCCUGUCAAUGAGCGGCCCGCCGCGUACCGGGCGGCGAUCACGGCUGCGCAGUGCGUCGCUGAUGCGGCCCGAGCUGUUGAUGAGGUGCCCUCAAAUCCAACGUUCGCGGCGCUGUGUCGGGGCGUCGCCGCGCGGCGCGACGCCGACCGCGCGGCGCUCGAGCCGCCGCGGAAGCGGCCGCGGUCGCCGUCGCCCGAGCCCGUUGUAGAAUGUGUUGCCUUCCAGAACGAUUCUGAUGAUGAGUACCGCGAGGACGACUUCGAGGCGUCGCCCGUGCCGAUAAGCGCGGGGCCUCCAACAUUAGGCGUGCACCACACGCCCGGCUCCUACGCGCACUUAUUGACCCGGAAGACGCCACCGGACUGGCCGCAUAUCGGUGAACGACCCACGACGCGCGCGGGCCGCGACGCCUUCAAGGAGCUGCGCUUGGACGUCGUCGCCGCGGCCUGGGCCGCCGAGAAAGCGCGAGAAGCGCUGGGGCCCGACGUCGUCGCCAUGGAUAUUGACCCGGCGCCGUCGGCGCGGGCCGAGAACGGCUCUGUCUCUUCGCCGCCGCCGCCGCCUGUUGUACCGACGCCGCCGCCCGAGACGUCCUCGCCGAACGACGGCAUAUCCGCGCUCUUGUCAGCGGUGGGCGACCGGGGCGGUGACCCGUUCGCCGCAUCGGUGCCGCCCGUCUAAAGUAUUCUUCCGAAC